AAAGGAUAAAGCGGAACCAGCUGUGGACAUUCCCCAUCAUUUUGGACUCUGGGUGUCCUCCCCAGAGAAACGUCAGUAUUUACCUCAAUAUUUUCUGAAGGCUUUUCCGUCUGUGCUGUCCAGCCCGGACAGGGUUUCCUCCCCGUCGAGAACAGAUCACCUUGGUGAGGUCUCUGGGAUGUCUGCAUUUGUCAGAGAGAAGAAGCUGAGGAGCAGACCAGACACCAUGCAUGUAGAAACCUGCCCUCGCUGCAGAGCGCUGAAAUGCUAGACCAGAAGAGCAGGAGUGUCACAUCAAAUCAGCAGACUGUUUACAUCAGCGGCGGCGACAAGAGCCACUUGACACCAGACUCCAUAACAGCCCGUGUUUGGUGUCACAAUCAAGCAGAGACACAUUAACCGAUCGCCGUCAGCACUUUCUACUGCAGGAUUCAUCAGCCCAGAGGCAGGAUGGAGUGGUCGCUGGAGAGCGUCAGGGAGAUGGUGGCUGGGGGGAUGCAGUCUGUCAGGGAAUGUGAGAUCUGUGCCUGUGCCAUAGCUGUGUGUGUGCUGCUGCUGUUCAUGUGGUACUGUUACAGAGUGGGCCGCGAGCACGGCACCAGCCCGUUGCGAGGGAGGUAUCUGUCUGGGCCUGGGCGGAUCGGAGGGGUGGUUGGAGGUUUCAUGAGUUCGGACUGUCGGGGCAGAGGGAAAGGGAAACAGGGAUCCCUUCUGGAAGAGCAAAACGGCUUUGCUUUCUGCCAAUCAUCAGAGUGCUUCCGAUGCACCAGCGCCGGGGAGAGCCUGAACCAGAGGCUCUACCACAGCCUGCAGGAAUAUGCCAAGCGUUACACCUGGUCGGGUAUGGGCCGAGUACACAAAGGAGUCCGCGAUCAAGGUCGGUACCUCAACAGCCGGCCAACUAUCCAGAGACCGGAAGUCUUCUUUCUCCCCGACCUACCCUCGGCCCCUUUCUUCUCCAGAGAAGUACAGAGACAUGAUGUGGAGCUGCUUGAGCAGAGCUUCCCUGCCCUUCUGGCUGAAUUUGAAAGCAUUUACCACCAACCGCCGGCCCGCAGCGGCUCCUCCCUCCCACCAGGCUGGAAGGCCAACAACACGCCUCGAGGCCAAUGGUGGACUUACUACCUUGUAAACCAAGGCACCCCUUUGGUCCUUAAUGUCAGGAGAUGUCCGCGGGCGUGGCGGGUGCUGGGUCAGCUGCGCACCUUCAUUGCCAACAACGUCUUUGGAAAUGCCUGCUUCUCUGUGCUGACGCCUGGAGCUCUCAUUACAGAACAUUACGGCCCAACAAACGUCAGACUGCGCUGCCACCUGGGUCUCAGAGUGCCUCCCUCCUGUGAGCUUGUUGUUGGUGGAGAACCACAGUGUUGGUCUGAGGGCAGCUGUCUGCUCUUUGACGACUCCUUCCUCCACAGGGCUUUCCAUGACGGCAGCCCAGAUGAUGGCCCCAGAGUGGUGUUCAUGGUGGAUCUGUGGCAUCCCAAUGUGGCUGCUGCAGAGAGACAAGCCUUGGAUUAUAUUUUUACUCCGGGCCGUUUAGAGGACAGGGAAGGGAAAUAGUUUGAAGUGAGAAACCUUUACUUUGAUUGAGAGACAGUUGGAGUUUAGAAUAGGUGUCUGUAUGUUUGGGGAGUGACUCUUUUUCUGCCUCCAGACCAGCUUUUCACGUUCACUGUGUAAAUAUUCUUUAGCUCUAAUGGUAUUGCUCAUGACUCUCAGCAGAUAACCAGACAUUGGACCUCUCUUAUCAACUGCUCUUUCAUCCCUGGAGCCAUAGCACAGGUUAUUAAAUUAUUAUUGUAUUGCCUAUACACUGGACUCUUCAUCCAAACUGUGUUACCUUAAACAUUUUAUGGUUUAGUGGCAUAAAACUUUCCCUAUAUGCAGAUGAUUCACUGCUGUUUAUUUCUCUCCAACUUUGUCCUUUAAGAUACUUGCUGUUCUUGUUAAACAAACUUGUUGACUUUGUAGUCAGGUUAGUACAACAGAGCAGUUUGAAUACAAUAACCAUAAAGUACAAGGAAGUGUCUGGAAAUUAUACAAUGAUGUCAUGCAGCCUAUCAAAGUUGUCAUCCCUACACAGAACUUUUGAGACCCAUGAUCCCUAAUCUGGCUUACACGAGGUAACGUGGUUUUGGAGCAGCAGCUAAUGUUGGUCUUUGUGAUUAUCUUGUUGGAGAAUUUCCAAAGGAAAAAUCCAGGACAAGUGGCGCAGUGCAGCCACCAUGUUGAUCUUUUUUGGUUAACUUAAAAUAGACAGGUCAAGAUUAAUGGUUUAAGGCAGGUCAGAUCUCUGACCUUCCACCAAGGGUUUGUUCUCUAGGACUUUAAACUUUUGAGCCAGAGUGGGUUACAAUCUACAACAGCAGUGAGAACUUCCACUUUGUGCCUCCUUUUGUUUUCCCAUGACACGUUUAAAUAAGUGUGAAAAUUAACUGGGUUAUUUAGACAUUCCUGCCUUUAUGCAUUUAUGGAAAAAGUAU